AUGCCAGAUGAAACUAAUACAACCCAUAAAUAUCACCUGAUUAAAGAGAGGAAGACCUGGCAGGAAGCUCAGAGUUACUGCAGAGAGAAACACACAGACCUGAUCAGUGGAACAAAGCAACUAGAGGAUGAAGAAGUGAAGAAAUUGAUGAUCUCUUCAGAUCAUAUAGCAUACAUUGGAUUAUUCAGUGACACCUGGAGGUGGUCAGAUGGAAGCAGUUUCUCUUUCAGACACUGGAAUCUACACUUUAACAAUCAGAUAAUCAACAGUGGUCAAUGUGCCAUGACUGUGUUUGAUGAUGGAGGCAGAUGGAGGAAAGAGAACUGCAAUGAAAGAAAACCCUUCAUCUGUUAUGAAGAUAAAUUGAUCCUGAUCAAAGAAAACAAAACCUGGCUUGAGGCCUUGACCUACUGCAGAGAUCAUCAUGAUGACCUGGUCACCAUCACCAACAUGGAUGAUCAGAUAUUGAUCCAGAAGAAAGCUAAGGAGGCAUCGACUCCUAUUGUCUGGUUGGGUUUGUUCUUCAGCUGCUUGAAGAAUAAGUGGUUCUGGGUCUGUAAGAACAAUCCAAACUUAGAAAGACGGAUCAAUAAUUGUGGAAAAUCUGGAGCCAUGGAGGCAGGAGGAAAACACAAGUGGUUCCAAGGAAACAGCACAGAGAAGUUGAAUUUCUUCUGUCUUAAGCGUUAAGUUGUUCUUUUCUUGUUUGCUCUUUUAAAAAUAGUUUAAGAACUUCGUUGAAGUUUACAUUUUAUUUCAUCUAUGAUAAAAAAUGACGACUAGCAGAGAUUCAAACUAGAGGUUCUGCUCUGAACUUUGUUUCUGUUCAGUUUGUAAUUAGCUUGUACAUGAAAAUUUUUCUUCCUUUAUUCCAGUUUUAUUUUACUGAAGACAAAAUGGCUCUUUGUGUUGUAAAGGUUGCAGAUCUCUGCUUUAUACUGAAAGCAAAUAUGAUGUUCAAAUUUAAUGCUAUUAAAUACUGAGGAAUUAUAUG